UACAACAACUCAUGGGCUCAUUACCGCCUACGCGACUCGCUCCGGCUCGACCCUUUGAACGCUGUGGAGUUGAAUUUUGUGGACCCAUCAACACAUAUCUACGCAUUCGAGGAAAGGGACCUACAAAAGCAUACAUAGCCGUGUUCGUUUGCCUUCUCACCAAGGCCGGUCACAUCGAAGUAGUCUCUGAUUUGUCAACAAAGGCGUUCUUAAACGCAUUGAAACGGAUGGGAGGUCGUCGCAAGCUGCCGACAGACAUCUUCUGCGAUAAUGCCACUAACUUUGGCACCUCAUUUCGGAGGCCUUUGGGAAGCGGCAGUCAAGAGUGCAAAGGGGCUGUUAAAUCGUACGCUGGCCAACACCAGGUUCACCUUUGAAGAGUUGAGCACUGUCGUCGUCGAGAUAGAAUCAAUCCUCAACUCGCGCCCGCUAUCGCCGCUUUCGUCAGACCCAAAUGACUAUAGCACUCUCACGGCUGGUCAUCUCUUGGUUGGCGAAUAAUUGC